CCUACGACAUCCUAGCUUGGCCGACAGGUCUGUUGUGACGUUUAUCGCCUGACGUUCUCGAAAGAUCUCGCAUUUUCCAAACAAAUCAUUUUGCGCCCUCUUUGUUUUGGUUUUUUUUCUCUGAACAUCCUUGCGUCGAAACGAAGUGGUAUUUUUAUCAUUGUGAAAGAUAAAUAGUAAUAAUAGAAGAUCAUUGUGUAGUGAGCAAUAAAAAUGUCCGAAGAUGGAAAAUUCGAUAGCAUCCUGUUUGGUAUGGCCGAACAACACACCGAAGGCGUGCCGGAGAUGCUGGGUACAAUUGCGAGUUUUCUGAACCGGAAGACCGAUUUCUUUGUCGGUGGUAACGAGGGAGACUGGGAGAAGCUCACGCUGAAAAUAUUCCGUGCCGAAGCCAAAAAGGCACAGGAGGUGGCCGAUAAGAAGCGAAAGCAACGCGAAGCUGAGGAGAAGCGCCGGCAAGAAGUGUUGCGCAAAAAGCGUGAGGAGGAGGAGGAGGCACAGAACAAGUCGGCCAGCGUUACCGAGCUAACGGACGAGGAAGCCGAGAAGCUGCAAAAAGAACUGGACGCCAAAAAGAACAAAGAUAAAGAACCGGAAGCGGGAAAGGAAGCAAAAGAUGGCGAAAAGCCCGAGAACACUGACAAUGACGACGUAGAACCGGGAGAUGAAGGUAAGCUAAAACCAAACCGAGGAAACGGAUGUGACCUGGAUCGGUACGGAUGGACGCAAACACUGCAAGAGAUCGAGCUGAAGGUGCCAUUCGAUGUAAAGUUUACACUGAAAGCAAAAGACGUGGUGGUUAAUAUGCAACGAAAGUCGCUAAAGGUGGGCCUCAAAGGCCACCCGCCAGUGAUCGACGGUGAACUGCACUGUGAGAUCAAAAUCGAAGACUCUCUAUGGCACUUGGACAAGAACACGGUAGUAAUCACGUUCGAAAAGAUCAACCAGAUGAACUGGUGGGAUCGGCUAGUGGCAACCGAUCCGCCGAUUAACACCCGGAAGAUUAAUCCCGAGUCCUCGAAGUUGUCCGACCUGGACUCGUCAACUCGCAGUAUGGUCGAGAAAAUGAUGUACGACCAGAAGCAGAAAGAGAUGGGUCUACCGACGAGUGACGAGCAGAAGAAGCAGGAUGUAUUGAAGAAGUUUAUGGAGCAACAUCCAGAGAUGGACUUUUCGAACUGUAAGUUUAACUAAUGUACAAAUACUGCGCAGUCGGCCGGUGUGUUCAAAUUGGGCGGCCUGUGUUCCAUGAAACUGUUCAUGCAUUCGCUACGUAGAGUUUAAAGAGUAUCUGGUUGCUAGUGACCGCUAUAGCGAGGAGCGUUCCGCAUGACGGCGAGCGAAAGGAUUGUGGUAGAGUGUGACGAAGAGAUUUCUCCAACUGCUGAGCAGGGGUCCACGUGGCCGGUUGCUAAUAGUAUUACUGGAUAUAUAUCGUAACAUUACCAAACAAGAAUCUUUGAAGAGUCUUUUCUGCAUCAAGUGACAUUCGAAAAGAAGCCGGUCAACGGCUUCGUGUUUGGGGUAAUAUCCCUUUAUUUUUCAUUAUUCCCAUACCAUUUCUUUCAUUAUGCCUGGAAUAACAGCGUUCAGAAUCGUUAGUUUCGUUUUAAUUUUCAUCAUUUAUCUUCUUGACGGACCUAUAAAUAAUUUAAUAAAUAUCACAGAACUAAAUCAGUGAAGCGAAGAUAACAGCAAAGGAAAGUAGAUUGGCCACAUUCCGCCGUAGGCUGGGUAGACACUAAAUGAACACCUGUAAAGAGCUGCGAAACAGAAAGCCGUUGGCUACGGCGACAGUAGCUGGUCGUACCCUCGAAGGGAGGAAUCUAUAUCUACACGAGAGGCACAUUUGGCAUCUUAUCAUCUAAGGCUAUACGUCAACGAUACUAGAUACUGUUUCUGCGUGAAAAACUUUGCACGGCAAGUCUAAAAUAAUGUUGCCAAAAGGGUGGACAAUGAAAUCAUUUGGAACGGAGUGAUCUGUAGCAGCGCUCUUUUCGGUUCUCUGACUAUCCUACUACACCAUGUUCCGAGAGGGAAGAAUGAGCGGGACGUAUACGUGGCGCCUCUUGAAGAACGUAGAACUAAACGGUGAACAUCGGCAAAACAAAAUACCUACAGAGCAAUAAAAUGUAUCAUAUGGCAACGUUGUGUUGC